AUGUCGGCUGGAUCUAAUGGCGUUCGCCGUAUAGCGAAGUUACUAUCAUCGAAAUCGACACUUGAUAGAGCAGUUUGUAGAAGCUGUCAAGAGAAUCUCAAUCGCCGGAGAUAUUCCUCUGUUGUAACUACUACCUCUUCACCUAUAGAUUUGCCCUCCGACCUACCGCCCCCUCCGUCCUCCCCGGCCACAGGACCGACAACCGCUACAUCAACGUCUCAAUUUCCGUAUACCAUCAAAGCAGGCGUACUUCUUUCACGCACUCCUCAAAUUACCCGAGACUUAACGCCCUUUGAGAAAUCAUUUUACUUCUAUCAGCGUCGUCUUAACGAGCGCCUGGCACUUCCCUUCACUCGAUAUUUCUACUUUAAACGAGGCACUCCAGCCGACGUUGAAUGGAAGCGUAGAUAUAAGGACCGACAAACCGCAGCAAGAGAUAUUGGCAAUUAUAAUGCCUAUUCUAAAGAUGCGUGGAAUGACGAGUUACUUGUCGGGGCUGUCGAAUCGGAGCCUGAACAUCAGGUAGAAGCACUACUGGCAGACGCUGAAGGGUUCGUUACCUCAGAAUCGGGCGACGCGGGAAGCAAAAAAGAAGAAAUGGCGAAGCCUUUAUCGAGAUACUCUAAAGCAGACGAAAGUGGUGACCAAAAAAGCUUGGAUCGCCUAUUGAAAAGGACAUUAUACCUCCUCGUUCAGGCAAAAGAAGGAUACUGGAAGCUUCCUAGCGUGACAAUAGAUGGAAAGGAAAGCUUACGAAUGGCUGCCGAAAGAGGUAUUUCUCAGUCUGUAGGCCCAAACUUGAACACCUGGAUGGUUGGUUACCACCCGGUUGGCCAUUAUGUAUUCAACAAUCGCAAACCAAAGCAAGACCCCGAGUCUGGCAACCAGCUUCUUGGAGAAAAGACAUUUUUCAUGAAAGGCCGCAUCAUGGCGGGCCAAGCUGACUUGUCAGCCAAUACCGAAGGAAUUGUGGAUUUCAAAUGGCUCGCUAAAGAGGAGAUCGAAAAGCACGUGAAUUCGCAAUACUGGAGCUCUAUUAAAAAUAUGCUAGCAGAGCGAUAA